CAAUUUACGUCAUUUUAUCACUACAUAUUACUCAUUUUACUAAUUUUAUACAAUGUCUGUAGGAUUUGAAAGUACCCACCGUUCUUCUGAUUCAUCCGCGUCCAAUGAACAAGAAAGCGAUGAAAAUGCAGUCGUUGGAUCCGGCUCCAGCCUCCAAUUCAGAAACAGACUCACCACAGAGUUAUACCUUCGCUCAGCAAGUUCCCUACGACAAAUCCACAAACGCCGCCAAUCCAACGCACAGUUAAAAGUCAUGGAUAACGACACCGGUCUACAUCAAGUCCUUGGCGAGUCACAAAUAACCAAUAUAAAACGCAUCUUUUUCAAACAAGAAGAAAAACGCCUCAAUCCAGAUCAACUUCGUCGUGCACUCUUGGAUCACGGAAAAGUUUACUUCCCUGAUGACGACUACUACAACUUAAUAUUCUUAAGAAUCAAUAUUCAACAAAACGGGUUUGUAACUUGGGAUGAAUUCGUAUCACAUUUAAUACUAGGGUUUAAAAUUCAAGAAGUCUCACUUGAAGUAAAAUCAUUAGAAGAACCUAUCAACAAAAAACCACGAGUUGUUAAGAGUAAUCAUCGUCAUCCAAUUAAUAAAAUCAUCUUCAACUUCCAAGUCAAACCAGAUCGUUCCUAUGGAUACACUGAUGGUUCCUACAUAACCCUAAGCCAUGAUGGGUAUUUAAACUAUUGGUCAUUGGAUUUAUACCUGGAAAGGACAGUCCACAGCGUAAGUCCUGAUUUAACCGUCUCAGAUACAUGGGUUUUAUGUGUAGCAGCCAUGCCGGAUGUAAGUGUCGUAUGCACUUCAUCCUCUGAAAGAGAUUUACGAUUCUACGACACUUCUGCAAGACAAUUUGAACUUAGAGUACAGUUUUACUCCUUGGAAUUCGCAGCAUGUUGCUUAUAUUAUACAUUCCCAAAAGAUAUAAACGAAGACUGUCGGUUGAUUUUUGGUGAUAUGGGAGGUAACGUAGGAGUAAUCCUCUUCCCUAUAAAUCGAGGACCAUUCCGGAGUAAAAUGGGUGAACCUUUAUUAACUGUCCCAUUUGAUAUGGUUGAAAAAGGUUUAGUCCCUGGUUUCACUGUAGUGAUGUUUAUAAACUUACACAAAGAAUGGGUGCGUCAGGUGGAGUACUACUCCUUGAUGAAUAUGAUCGUAUCCUGUAGCACAUCCCAACGUGCAUUGGUCAUGCGUGAUAUAACCGAAACUCGUGGUUUCUACUCUUAUAACGUCCCCAAAGGCAUUUGGUGCUUUGCAUGCGCCGAUGGUUUUCCUCAACUUGCCACCGGGGGAUCUGAUUGUCUCAUACGAGUGUGGAAUCCAUACGUUACCAAACGACCACUUGUUGUAUUUCAUGGUCAUCAUACUGGUAUUAUUGCCUUGGUGUUACAAGAUCGUGGUGCUAUUUUGUGUUCGUUGUCGGAGGAUAAAUGUAUUAAGAUAUGGGAUGUCUCCAAUGAAGUGUGUAUACAAAACUAUCUGGGUCUUGGAAGUGAACUUGGUGAAUAUGCGAAACUCAGCAUGUUUUACAAUCCGGAUUCACGACAGUUGAUCAUUGGAGGUAUUGCAAUAGUUGCGCUAUUUCUGCGUCCACUACAAAAUGGCGAACAUACAGAUGGGUUUUCUCAUUCGGCAGCGGUGUCGGUAUUGUUAUACAACACGUUGUUUCGUAUAAUCCUAACCUGUGGUUUGGAUUCGAAUAUUAUCGUCUGGGAUCCUUGGAAUGGUAAACGGAUAUCCGUAGUGAAAGAUGCCCACACUCGACAAUUACAUGGAGAGAUUAUCCCUGUGGAUAUUACAGCUGGUUGUUUUGAUCCUGGUAAUCAAAACCUGUUGACUGGUGCUUAUGAUGGAACAUUAAAAACAUGGAACUUCAAUUCCGGGACUUGUUUGAGGAACAUGCGCAUUGAACACGGAUGUGAAGUAACCGGAGUCUGCUGGGUUAAAGGAAGAAUUCUAGCUAUUGGCUGGAAUCGCCAUGUUACAGAAUUUGCAGAUACAGGUGGUCCUGCAGGUCCUGGAAAUGUCUUUUGUAAGAUGUGGUCUAUCAAACACACCGAUGAUGUGUUAGCAGUCGCCGCCAGAAUCCCACAGACACUUGCAACUAGCACCUACAAUGGGGAGUUGGUCCUCUGGCGUUUGGAGACUGGUCAACCCUAUAAACAAUACGCAGUGGCUAAUCCAACAAUGCGUGUUAAGAUUACCUACGAUUUUGAGAAACGUACACGUCAUGAAAAGCCUAAAGUUACCCCAUUGAGUAGAAAAUAUGGUUUGAAAAGAGAUUUGCGUAAACCGCCGCCUCCACCACCCCCGAGACCUAGUGUAAUUAUACGAAAAUUAAAACAACAGGAACGUCGUGAAUUGGUAAACAUUGGGAAGGAUACAAUUGUAGGAUCAUUGAAAUUAACCCGGAAAGCUAAACCUCUUGUCCUACCACCAACAAUAUGCCCAAUUCGGGGGUUAGCAGUGCGAUGUAUGAUCUUCCUUGAUAAACGCCCCAUGAAAGUAAAUGUGGGGACUUUGUUUGUGGCAUUAGAAAACGGUGAUAUACAAGUAUGGUCCCAUCAUGUAAGCGGAGGCUUCCUAUGUGCCUUCCAAGCUGUACAUGGAGUAGGUGAUUAUAUUGUCUCGAUGUGUUCAGAUGAAAACAACGAAUACCUCUUCACUGGAUCCACUGAAGGUUAUGUGAAGACGUUUUUAAUGACCAAUUUUCACAAUGAAGAAGAAAACGUCCACGUUUGCAUCCCGCGUUAUCGUCUCAUAUUUCCCUUCCUCUGGUACCGUUUCUUUCCUGGUCGCGCAAUGAAAGCACUUGGUGAACAAGAGAAACCCAUGUUACUCAAUAGUUACAAAGCACACAGACAAAUCGUCUCAGGUUUAACCUUCAUUGAUAAACCAAAAGUGCUCGUCACAGCAAGCGCCGACUUCAGUGUACGAUUAUGGACACUUAGUGGGAAAUAUUUGGGUACCUUGGGUACCUUCAAACCAUGGAAACCUAUCGAUCCAUUAAGUCCUGUAGAUGAGAGCAAGCAUGAAUUUACGAUCCCACCGGAUGUUAAACGUGUGAUGAGUUCUACUUCACAAAGAGUUUUCUUAGGAGAAAAGUGGGAGAAGAAAUUGACGAAGAAACAAGAGGCGGCGCAGGCUGAGAAGGACAAUGCAUAUACAACAGCAAACGUGCAUACAUACGGUCAUAAAUUGGUACCACCCAUUUUGGGCAACUUUGUUACUCUUGCAGAGAAAACCACGCAUAAAUUCGAGGUCCAAUUGGAUACAACCUUUCCAUAUAUUCCUGUUUAUCAACAUUUAAUCCGACCUCAUCCAGUGGAACUGCCAAAAUUAACCCCGCACAGCGAAUUAGGCCUCGGAGAAAAAGACUCCUUCCUCGGUUAGGACAAUAUUCAUUGGUUAAAGGUAAUACACUUGAAAAUAUAAUCAUUUACCUUUAAUAUAUGGUUCCGCAGUGUAUAUAUACCUUUGAAAAUCAAA